GUGUGAUGGUGGGGAUCUAAUAAAAGAGAAAGAGGAGUGGGUAUCCACAAAGCCUGUUUGUCUGAACCCGUAAGGGACACUCAACUAGGAAAGCAGGAUGCCUGAACCGACUAAAAAAACAGUAUCUUCCUUCACCAAGAAACCAAAAAGUCAGACUGCUGAGGUUGGGGCCACAGUGGUAUUCGAAGCACAGACUGAGAAGGAAGACGCUAAAGUACGAUGGCAACGGGAUACCAAAGACAUCAUAGGAAGCGAUAAAUACACAAUAUCAGCAGAAGGCAACAAGCACUCACUCACCAUAAGCAAUGCUGUGCCCGAAGAUGCAGCAGGAUACGCGGUUAUAUCUGGAGGCUCAAAAGUCAAAUUUGAGCUUAAAAUCAAACAAGCAGAGGCCAAAGCACCAGUAAAGGCUGCAGAGGCUAAAGCUCAAGCAGUAGUAGAGACCCCACCCAAAGCAGCUCCCCCUGCCGAUGCUCCAUCAGAUCCCCCAGCAGACGGUCCAGCAGCUGCCCCUGCUCCCACUGAACCUCCGGCCCAAACUUCAGAGACCAACGAUCAUGCCCCAGACACUCAUGAUGGAACUCAUGAGGAAAACCAGCAGCCUGACACGAGGCAGGACCUCACUGGACUCUUUUCAGAAAAACCUCAGAGUGGGGAGGUGACUGUGGGUGAGAACAUCACCUUUGUGGCAAAAGUGUGUGGCGAGUCCCUGCUGAAGAAGCCCACAGUCAGAUGGUUCAAAGGAAAAUGGAUGGACUUGUCCAGCAAGUCAGGAAAACACCUGCAGCUGAAAGAGCACUAUGACCGCAACACCAAGGUGUAUACCUUUGAGAUGCACAUCAUUGCAGCCAAAGCUAAUUUUGCUGGAGGAUAUCGAUGUGAAGUGUCAUCCAGAGACAAGUUUGACAGCUGUAAUUUUGAGUUGACUGUGCAUGAGGUUCAAGCAGUGGAAGGGUUUGAUAUUCGUGCUGCAUUCAGACGCACGAGCAUAACUCCAGGCGGUAAGAAGAGGAUGUCAGCAACGGGCAGUAGCACAGACUCAGGCGAUGCAGGAGAGCUGGACUUCAGCGGUUUACUCAAAAAGAGCAGUUUCUUAAAAAGUGGCCAACGCCUGGUCCAGGUGAGCAACGAGCCCGAUGUGGAUGUGUGGGAAAUCCUGAGCAAGGCUCCGCCCUCCGAGUACGAGAAGAUCGCCUUCCAAUACGGCAUUACAGAUCUAAGGGGCAUGCUCAAGAGAUUGAAGAAGAUGAAAAAGGAAGAGAAGAAGAGUGCAGCAUUCCUCAAAAAGCUGGACCCAGCCUACCAGGUUGAAAAGGGACACAAAAUCAAGCUGCAGAUUGAGGUGGCCAAUCCUGAUGCAGAGGUGAAAUGGCUGAAAAAUGGACAGGAGAUCCAAAAAACAGGAAGCAAGUAUAUCUUUGAGAGUGUAGGGAACAAACGCUUCCUCACUAUCAACAACUGUUCUCUGGCUGAUGACGCGGCAUACACCUGCAUCGUGGGAGAUGAAAAAAGCUUCACUGAGCUCUUUGUGAAAGAGCCUCCUGUUCUGAUCCUGCGUAAUCUUGAGGAUCAGAUGGCAAUGAAGGGAGAGAGAGUAGAAUUUGAGUGUGAGGUCUCUGAGGAAGGAGCUCAUGUCAAGUGGGAAAAAGAUGGAGUGGAGCUUACUCGAGAUGAAUCCUUCAAGUAUCGCUUCAAGAAAGAUGGCUGCAAACAUACACUCAUCAUCAACGAUGUCACCAAGGAGGACUGUGGCCACUACAGAGUGAAAACCAACGGAGGGCAGUCUCUUGCUGAGCUCAUGGUGCAGGAGAAGCAACUUGAGGUGUAUCAGAGCAUUGCUGACCUGACAGUAAAAGCUAAGGAAGAGGCGGUGUUCAAGUGUGAGGUGUCUGAUGAGAACGUCAAAGGAACCUGGUACAAAAAUGGAGUGGAGGUGAAGCCUGAUGCUAGAACCCACAUCACACACAUCGGCCGAAUUCACAAGCUCACUAUUGAUGAUGUACAUCCAGAGGAUGAAGGCGACUACACUUUUAUCCCUGAAGGCUACGCUUUUAACCUUUCUGCCAAACUGAACUUCUUGGAGGUCAAGGUCGACUAUGUCCCUCGUCAAGAUCCUCCCAAGAUCCAUUUGGACUGCCUUGGCCAAACUGCAGAUUCCACUAUUUUGGUUGUGGCUGGAAACAAGCUGCGACUGGAUGUGCCAAUCACUGGAGACCCCGCCCCCACAGUGGUUUGGACCAAGUCAGAUAAGGAUAAAUCUAAAAAGCCACUGGGAGAAGGGAAAGGGGAACCAGCCUUCAUCUGGACUUUGAAGGAUGGUGAAGUCUUGACAGAUGCAAGUGGACGUGUCCACGUGGAGAGCGCAAGGGGACAUUGCGUCUUGACUAUUGAGGGGGCGGAGCGUCAAGAUGAAGGCGUGUACUCGGUUAUUGUACGGAACCCGGCAGGGGAGGAUACCGCCGAUAUUCAUGUGAAAGUUGUUGAUGUGCCAGAUCCACCUCAGGCUCCCAGAAUCCUCAGUGUUGGGGAGGACUCAUGUGUAGUCCAGUGGGACCCUCCCCUGUUUGAUGGUGGCCAGCCAAUUUUGGGCUAUGUCCUGGAGAGAAAGAAGAAAAAGAGCUACAGGUGGAUGCGGCUGAACUUUGACCCCUAUAAGGACACCACAUAUGAAGCUAAGAGGAUGAUUGAGGGAAUGGCAUAUGAGAUGAGGGUAUAUGCUGUGAACAGUAUCGGCAUGUCACGGCCCAGUCCUGCCUCCCAGCCUUUUGUGCCUAUUGCCCCCUCCAGUGAGCCCAUCGGUCUGUGUGUGGAUGACAUCAGUGACACCACGAUCUCUCUGAAAUGGAGGACUCCAGAGAGAGUAGGCUCUGCUCCUAUAGAUGGCUAUGGGGUCGAAUACUGCAAGGAAGGCACUGAUGAGUGGAUUCCAGCAUUUGAGGGUCUUACAGAGAGGAACUCUGUGAUCAUCCGUGACCUGCCUACAGGAGAGAAGAUGCAGUUCCGUGUGCGGGCAUAUAAUAUGGCUGGCCCCAGUCCUCCUGCCACUCUGUCCCAAGCUGUCACCAUCCGCGAGAUCAUGCAGCGUCCAAAAAUUUGGAUCCCUCGCAAUCUUCGCCAGACGCUCAUCAAGAGAGUAGGGGAGAGUGUCAACCUGGUGAUCCCAUUUCAAGGAAAACCUAGACCAAAAGUAACCUGGACGAAAAAUGGUGAGCCUCUUGACCCGAAGCAGGUGAGCGUAAGAAACAGUGAGACCGACACCAUCCUUUUCAUCAGGAGGACAGAGCGCAAAGACUCUGGCAAAUAUGAACUCCAGGUACAGAUUGAGAACGUGGAAGACAAGGCCGCUGUGACCAUUCAGAUUGUGGACCUUCCUGGUUCUCCUCAGAUCUUGAAGGUGGUGGAUAUAUGGGGUUUUAACGUGGCGCUGGAAUGGAAACCACCCAAAGACAAUGGCAACUGCGACAUCACCGGCUACACAAUCCAGAAAGCUGACAAGAAGACCAUGGAAUGGUUCACUGUUUAUGAGCAGUAUCGGCGCACUCACUGUGUGGUGUCUGACCUGAUCAUGGGGAAUGAGUACGUAUUCCGAGCGUUUGCUAUGAACAUGGUGGGCCUGAGUCCGGAGCCUUGUGACUCGAAGGACAGCGCAUACAUCCAGAAAACAGGCAUUGAGUACAAGCCACCCACCUAUAAAGAUCAUGACUUCUCAGAGGCACCCAAGUUCACACACCCGCUGGUGAACCGCUCAGUCAUCGCAGGGUACAAUGCCACUCUCAGCUGUGCUGUAAGAGGCAUCCCUAAGCCCAAAAUAACAUGGUACAAGAACAAGAUGGACAUCACGAACGAAGCCAAAUACCGCAUGCUCAGCAAGCAGGGCAUUUUGACUCUGGAGAUCAGGAAGCCGUGUCCAUUCGAUGGAGGUGUGUACAUGUGUAAGGCCGUUAACGCCAGUGGAGAGGACACCGUGGAGUGCAAGCUGGAGGUUCGCCCUCAAAUUACCAAAGAGGAGACGAAGAAGUGAGAUACUCAGAUUUAUGUCUGAAUGUGGACACGGUGGAGACUCAGUUACCCCUCCAGGCUUCCCGCUGAGCUCAGGACAUGUCAGAGGUUACAGUACAGAGCAGAAAGAGUUCAUUGUGUUUUCGUGUUCACUCAACUUUAUGCACAUACUCAAAGUUUCUAUGUAAUAUGUCUGCCGGAAAUGCAUUCUUUCACCAUCUCACUCGUUGGUGUUUGUUGUUUGUGGCUUGUGUUCAUUUCAUUUCAUUUGUUUGAGAUAAAUAUAUCAAUGAUUAUCAUCAUACUCUUCACUGUUUUAGUUUAUGUGGUGUUUUCUCUCUUUCACCUUGAAAUGUGUUGUAAUGUAAUUUAAUGAAAAAUACUUAUUUUGAUUGAUUGCUGCUCAGUAAAUGUGCCUAUCUUGCUGUGCUUCUAGUUUAAAGUCGGCUGUGAGGCUAGUAGAUGCGAGGCUAAAAUCUAAUAUCCAUCAAGAGCUUGGCAAAUUAUUACAUAUACAUUUAAAGAUAGAUACACAGCUGCAUUUGUGAUUUCUAUUUUUUUUUUUAAGUGUAUCAAGUCUGUACUGCUCUGGCUUCAUACUGUAUUUCCUUCAAAUACCAAACACUAUAAACACAAAAGUUACGGUUCUGUCA